AUGGCAGGUGAUUAUGAACUGUUGUGUUUCCCAAGGAAAAUAAAGCGAGGGUCGUGUCAAACUUUUAGAAAAGGACCGAAACCAUGUGACUAAAUCAUAUCAAAUCAGAAUUAUCUUAUUUUAUGUGAACUAUUGUUUUGCAAGAAAAUAACGUUUAACAUCUCCUUGGCAUUUGAACUACUCACUCUCAAGCUCUCUCCUCUCCUGCCAUGCUGGAUGGCAACAGAAAGGGUGUGAGGGUUUUGUUCAACAAAGGGAUUCCACAGUGUAGUAUUAGUACCCUCACUUGCAGGACCAUAACACCAAAAAACACUGACAAGAACAUAAGCCUGAAGGCAAACAAAACAGAAAGGGCAGGCUGUUGACAUGCCUCAUUGGGCCGUUAUGGGAUGACUGAGGACACCCUAUUCCCUAUGUAGUGCACUACAUUUGGCCAGGGCCCAUAGUGAAAAGGGUGCCACAUUUGGGACACAGCCUUGGUUGUGAAAGUGACUGAGCAUCACUGAACAACGCUAUCAGGUGACCUGUCCACUCAGCGCUGACACUUUCCCAUCAAUAUAGUGCCUUCAGAAAGUAUUCAACCCCUUGAAUAAGAUCCCACAGUUGACAGUGCAUGUCAGAGCAAAAACCAAGCCAUGAUGUCGAAGGAAUUCUCCGUAGAACUCCGAGACAGGAUUGUGUCGAGGCACAGAUCUGGGGAAGGGUACCAAAAAAUGUCUGCAGCAUUGAAGGUCCCUAAGAACACAGUGGCCAUCAUUCUUAAAUGGAAGAAGUUUAGCUUAAAAAUGAAAGUUUAGUGGGUGCUGGCCCGCUUUUGGAAUUUUCUAAAUAUUUUCAAUAUGUCGGCUCUAUGCCCGGAUCGAUUUUCUUUUGUCAAUAUUCUUUAACAAAUAUGUAAUCACUGUUCUGCAACAUGCAGUAUGCUGAUAGUUUAUUUUUUUUACAUGCCAAAAUGCUAACGAAAUUAGCCCUGGAGCAUUAUAUAGCACUAUAAAAUAAAGCAAAUUAAGUUUGGAGAUUGGUAUUACAUAUUUCAAUAAUCUAAUUCUAGAAUUUCCAACAAAAAAAAAAUGUUUUUAUAGAAACAGCUUUCAGAUGGAAAGAGGAGAUGAGAGGCCAAACGCUGAAGAAGACAUGAUUUAAGGCCAUGUUGACAGAGGCUCUUCAAUGUCAGAGUUAGACUCAUUGGUUGCGUCCCAAAUUGCAACCUAAACGCUAUAUAGUGCGCUACAUAUAGCUCUGCUUAAUGUAUGAGAGUGUCACGACUGUCAGAACAUGAUAUGGCCAGAGGGAAAAAUGGUUUGUGAGCACAAAAACACUCUUUACAACAAUAUAUCAUUCCUGUCACUAAAUCCUUAUAUUACUCUAACAGUAGAUUAGGUUGAGUUUAUAGAGAGAAAUUAUCAUUCGAUACGUCUACAUCCUGGCACAUCUGUGCAUUCCUGCUUUUCCAUCUCGACUUACCCCCACACCAGGGUUUCGCCAGCGUUUUAUAUAUACGAACAAAUUCCCAUAGGAAUGUGAGUUAUAGAUCUGUCAUUGUUAUUGAAAGCACGUCUAAGAAGCGGUAGAUCUGUUCUGUGUGUGCCAUCUCUAUGCUCCCAUUCUUAAGUUUUGUUUUUGUGUAUUUUAUUUUCGGUUUUGUCCAAACAGCUGAAAAUAAAACAUUUGUGGUUAUUUGUUUUUAAAAAUUGUUAUUUUUUCUUUUUAGCAGACGCUCUUAUCCAGAGCGACUUACAGUUAGUGAAUAUAUAUAUAUAUAUAUUUUUUUUUUUACUGGCCCCCCGUGGGAAUCGAACCCACAACCCUAGCGUUGCAAACGCCAUGCUCUAUCAACUGAGCUACAUCCCUGCCGGCCAUUCCCUCCCCUACCCUGGUCGACGCUGGGCCAAUUGUGCGCCGCCCAUGAGUCUCCCGGUCGCGGCCGGCUGCGACAGAGCCUGGAUACGAACCAGGAUCUCUAGUGGCACAGUUAGCACUGCGAUGCAGUGCCUUAGACCACUGCGCCACUCAGGAGUUUAUACCAGGCGGUGAUGCAACUGGUCAGGAUGCUCUCGAUGGUGAAGCUGUAGAACUUUUUGAGGAUCUGGGGACCCAUGCCAAAUCUUGUCGUGCGCUCUUCAUAACUUACUUGGUGUGUUUGGACCAUGAUAGUUUGUUAGUAAUGUGGACACCAAGGAACUUGAAACUCUCGACCCGAUCCACUACAGCCCCGUCGAUGUGAAUGGGGGAGUGUUUGGCCCUCCUUUUCCUGUAGUCCACGAUCAUCUCCUUUGUCUUGCUCACGUUGAGGGAGAGGUUGUUGUUGUCUCUGACCUCCUCCCUAUAGGCUGUCUCAUCGUUGUCGGUGAUCAGGCCUACCACCGUUGUGUCGUCAGCAAACUUAAUGAUGGUGUUGGAGUCGUGCUUGGCCACGCAGUCGUGGGUGAACAGGGAGUACAGGAGGGGACACCAGCCUCCUCUGAAUGUUUUUCUACACUAUACUUGACUCAUGGGGCGGCACACAAUUGGCCCAGCGUCGUCCAGGGUAGGGGAGGGAAUGGCCGGCAGGGAUGUUGGUAGAGGAGGUUUGCAACGCCAGGGUUGUGGGUUCGAUUCCCACUGGGGGCCAGUAUAUAUAAAAAAAUAUAUAUAUAUAUAAUGUAUGCACUAACUGUAAGUCGCUCUGGAUAAGAGCGUCUGCUAAAUUACGUAAAUGUACUUGCUUGUUUUGUCACAUAAACUGAAAUUAGGCAAACUAUUAGAAUUUUAGCAACCAGGAAAUGGCGGAGCGAUUUCAGCAUAGUGCAUCUUUAUUGUGUUUCCAUCAGGAGUGUGACACUAAAGACUUGUGGCGAGCAUAAAAACUGUUGCUUUGUGAGAAGGUGUUAAAGUUCACAGUUAGCCAUUGUUAUUUAAAUGCAAGCGGAAAAGUACCCAGGGCCUUGCCUUGGCUCCAAGUCAGAGCAAAACAAUGAAAGGAGAAGUUAAAAGCAAUGACACUGUUAAAAAAAAAAUAUAAAAAAAAAUCCAACACAUUCCACACUGUUGCUACCAUUUAGUAGAAGAGAGUAGUAGAAGAAGAGCCUCUCAGGAUUACUGACAGAAACAUUCUGCAGUUACACCAGACAAUAUGAUGACUGAUCUGCUUCCUGAGUUACAAGCAUUUUCUACUGCAUCCGCUGCUUCACACAUCUUUCUAAGACAAUCUGCCUAAAACUAUUUACGUAGCAAAGGGCCCAGACUCGUUUUAUGGCAAGUUUCAACAGAGGCUUUUGGGUAGAUUUUGUAGACCUGUAAAAAAAAAAAAAAAAAAAAAAAAAAAAAAGAAGUAGCCAAGUUUGAGUCUAAUAUUUCAUCCUUUUAAUAGUUUGAGUUUUAGACUUGCGUUUUGUAAAUAAUGCUUCCGCAUUUGAGCAUGAAUGAAGAACACAUUAUGACCCCUUUCAUCGUGAGCUUGGUCAGUAAAGCCAUUGCGAGAGCGUGGGACUAUAAGGUUCUAUCUGAAAAAAAAGAUGAUUCUGAGAUAAUUGGCUUUAAAGUUCCGAACCUUCAUCGGUUUGAAUGGUGACGGCAAUGUUGAUCUUGAUUGCUUUUGAACUUAACAACAUGAAUUGGGGUAUUUAGAGUGCUGUAGAGGUAGAUAACAUUGAACAGAACAAGCCUAUGUCAAUAAUUCAAUUUUGACAAAAAUGCAUAUAGAACCUUAUAGUCUCAAACUUAAUUGGUAAAUUAAAAUGAUUUCACAGCAUUCAUGAGAAAUUGUUGAACUGAAUUAACUGUACUAUUCGAUUGGGCCUUUCAGUUCAACGUCUCAGAGAUGGCCUUAUAUAAAGACAAGUAAACUGUGUGAACCCAAAAGUAUAUCCGUCAUUCUGUCGGAGAGUGCCCAGAGUUAUUAAGAGCCCAUAACUACUUUGCCAAGUUUGCAACACAACUCUCCGUGUGUCGAUCAACUUUCUGCUUACCCAAUCAAAACCAAAACCAAGUCAGAGUACCUCAGGUGCGCAGGGGUGUGACAUAUUCAGGUGAUAUAACCUGAGCUCUGUCUGUGUGGCGCUAACUACAUAAGAGCAGGUUCCCUGCACACUCAGCAGAACCAAGGCAACAAACUAAAGACAUCCUAUCUCCUUCAGAAUUGUGUGAGUAGCACUGAUAGCUGUCUUUGUAGAUGAUAGCCUUCUAAAAUGUAAGGAUUACUUUUGUGCCACUAUCAUAUGAAAAGCAUGUGGUUUUUUAUAGUUUUGAAUGUUAUAUAAUUUGUGUAUUAUCAUCAGGUGAAAUAUGUAUUAUUCACUUUUUAGCUUGCACAAAGUUGAACAGGAUAUUGUGACUUGAUGUAGGCUGUAUACAUUUAGGACGUAUUACUAUUUUCUAUGUAAUUAUACAUCUGGACUGAAAAGUGUGCAUAUUUAGUUUACUUUAUUUUAAUGUGAUUGCUGAUGUCCAUUAGCAACGGAAUACAAAUGUUAUCAUAUAGCCUAGGUACAACUACAAACUACUUGAAAGCGGAUAGCUUGGGAGUAAGACGUGGAAGGUUGUUGGAAGCAGAGAGUCAUUGAUAAGGUUUAUGGCUAUUCCUGCAUUCCUGUAUUCCUGUGUUCCUGUGUUCCUGUAUUCCUGUGUUCCUGUAUUCCUGUAUUCCUGUAUUCCUGUAUUCCUGUAGUCCUGUAUUCCUGUAUUCCUGUAUUCCUGUAUUCCUGUGUUCCUCCAGGGUUUGAUUCUGCUCUGCACCACCAGGACCUCUUUACAGAGCCACGACCACACAUCCAGCCAUGCGGUUCAGCGUGAUAUUCUUUCUCAUCCUAGCCUGUCUGUACUUCACGCUGGCACAAGGUACGUUUAGUAUAAAUAUGAUUUAACAUGGGUUGGGUAUCUGUUAAUUAAGCACUUUGUGACAAGUGCUGAUGUAAAACGAGCUUUAUACAAUACAUUGGAUUAAUUGAUGAGUUGAUCAUGGGUUGACAUUCAUAUUAUGCAUCGUUAUACAGGAUACUGCCAAGUGGCCCCUUUUAUUUGAUCACCGAUUUUCAGAUAGCAUUUCAGUCGGUGGUGUUGAUGUUAGCUUUGCUUUACUGAUGCUAACAUAUGGGGCAAAGACUGUCAGCCUUACCUACAUGCUGUUCUUCAUGGGAUGCUUAAUCGAUCCUGUGCACUUAAAAACCUCGACACCUUUUAACAAAGGCGUAAACCUGAAAUAGUCAACGGCAAAAAGAAGAGAAGGAUGAAGGUUGAGAGAGAAAAAAAAUCAGUUUAUUCCAUUUUGAACCAAAUGUCAAAAAAUGGAAUAAACGGAUUCAUUUAUGUGCAGAGUGGGGAGCUUCUCUUCUUUUAUUCAUAAUAAAGUACAGACGUUGAGCUGUGAUCCUCUCCCUGGCCCCAGGUUCCUAUGAAGACUGCUGUCUGAAGUACGUGCGGAGGGUGAAGAAGAGUGUUGAGAGGAUGGUAACGAGUUUCCGGAGGCAGGAGACGGACGGGGGUUGCAACAUCCCUGCCAUAGUGUAAGUCUGUGAAUAAGGGAGCAAGCACAACCUUGGAAAGGCUUCUACAUGACUUUAGUAAUACAGAACAUGUAAAAAAAGGUAAAAAACAAUGUACCUUCAAUGGACAAGACAUCCAGCUCUGUUAUGCAUGGCAGAGGUUCACUCACCUCACGAGGUUGAACUACUAACUGUAGGCUGUAAACUUCAUCAGUGCUUUGUGUUUUGAAGGUCACUCUAAGUUUUUAUUUUCCGAUCCACGUCCAGGUUCACGAUGAAGGGGGGCAGGUUGUUCUGUGCUGACCCCAGAGAGAAGUGGGUGAAUGGACUGAUGCUGAAGGUUCGAUCCAAGAAGAGUAAAAAGGUGAGAAUUUCUACCAUUACAACUGGAUUCAUUGAUUGAUUGAUUGAUUCAUUGAUUGAUUGAUUGAUUCACUGAUUGAUUGAUUGAGUAAUUAAGUAAUUUAUUGAUUUAUUGAUUCAUUAAUUUGUUAAUUUGUUAAUUUAUUCAUUAAUUGAUUCAUUGAUAAAUUGAUUGAUUCAUCUUCCUGAAACCAAUAUAUUUGUUUUCCAGCACACGAGGAGGCCAAAGAGGCUGAGAAGCUAGAAGCUCUGCCAUUCACUCUGCCAUCCUGCAGUGACGAGUCCUGUCGUAAAUCAAUACGAUUUUUUUAUGAUGUCUGGUCAUUUGAGAGACAUUUUUGCUUGCCUACUGCAGAAGGCAUCUGCAGAGAUCUGACUGGUAAUGAUGCUACAGUGUAGUUCUGCUAUUCCUUUAACAGAGACCCAUACCUGUUGAAGCCAGCCCAGCCAUUCUGUAUGGUUGCAUUUUACUGUAUAGCAAGCCUGUUGGAAUCUGUGUGUGUGUGUGUGUGUGCGCGCGUAUGUGUGUGUGAGCGUGUGUUUGUACAGUUGUAAUUUUGUGUGUAGCAUAAAACCUGUAUUGAACACCAACCAAAAAAGUAUAAGUGCCUACAAUUUCUGAUUGAAAUCUCUUUGUAUUUGUGUGUUCUUUGUAUGUUUUCAUAUUGUGGAUUUUUGUCAACUAUAUUUGUUUUCACUAACAAAGGCUAAUAAAGUUGUUUACUGCAUUUCACCCUGUUAUGUUUAUGGUUUAUGAGGUAUGACACAACUAAGAGAACAGUUCCUUUA